AUGGGUCUUCUUUUCCACUCCAUGAUUCCGAAUGCAAAGCAAAUUCACAAGCUGCAGGCCUUUCUUAGAGGAAAUCAUCAAUUUCCAGAUGUUCCAAAGGGUUAUCUCGCAGUAUACGUGGGAGCAAUUAAGAAGAAACGCUUUGUAAUUCCCAUAUCGUAUCUAAAUCAUCCUUCAUUUCAAGAUUUGUUGCGGCGAGCGGAGGAAGAGUUCGGGUUUGAUCAUCCAAUAAAGGGAGGCCUGAUAAUUCCAUGCAAUGAAGAUGCCUUUAUUCUUCUCACUUCCCGAUUGCAUCUUUUAUGA